AUGUACCGGUAUUUUACCGCGCACAAUACGUUACGGUACGUGGACGUCUUACAACCCUUAAUCUAUACCUACAAUCACGCGUAUCAUCGCAGUAUUGGUUUAGCGCCGCAUCAAGUCACCUUUCGAAACGAGUCCGAGGUAUGGGAUCGACUCUAUGGAGCACGAUUGAAGCCCAAGAUCCCCCCACCCAAAUGUCGCGUGGGCGAUCGGGUACGUCUCAACAAGAAACAUCGCCCCUUCAAAAAAGGGUAUUUGCCGGGCUGGACGGAAGAAGUGUUUGUGGUCACGCACGUGCGUCGUCAUCCUGUGGUCACUUAUCGACUCAGUGAAUGGGACGGCACGCCUAUAAAAGGCACGUUUUACGAACCCGAUGUCCAAAAAGUCCAAGUGUCGGACAAUUCGUUGUUUCGAAUCGAAAAAGUCUUGAAACGCCAAGGACGUCAGGUCUUGGUCCGGUGGAAAGGGUGGCCGGCCAAGUACGAUAGUUGGAUUCCCGCGCAACAUGGUUCGCGUCAAAAUAAC